AUUGAGCAAGUCAGUCCUAUCUUUAUUACAGUCAAAGACCAGCAUAAGCAAGUCAUAUCUUUGUGUUGCAUGGACGUUUACUGUCUAGGCUUGGAAUUUCUUUUGAAAUCCUAAAUAUAAACCAUUUUAACAGAAAAGUUUUUUUUUUUUUGCAAGCAAUGCUGAGAGAAGAUAAGUCUGUUCACCCGAAGAGGAGCUUGCUGGUCUUCCCUGCCAUGCUUUAAACUGGUUUGCAUAUGAAGAUGAAAAGACCAACUGGGUUUUUAACAGCUACUUUCAAACCUAUCAUCCUAGUUGUUAUUGGACUUUGCUUUAUUUACAUGAUCAAGAUAAACUCUGAUUUCAAGACAUGUGGUACAAGAAGAAUUCAUGAUGUAGACCCUGAUCGUGCAAAGAGAGCCCAGAAGUACGUAGAGAAAGUUCUACAAGCUGAGUGUCGGCCAUCUUUUGCAAAGAACAAGAUGAACAAGCUAUUUAUGAACAAGUACAGUAUGGAUGUGACUCCUUUUAUCAAUAAAGAUAUCAGUGCUCAACCAUCUCUCUUCAAAUAUGACCCACCUUUUGGAUUUCACAAAUUUUCGGAGAAGCUUCAAAACUUACUACAACUCCUACCUGAAUACAAUUUACCAGAAGACCUGCAGUCGAAGCACUGUAAACGUUGUGUUGUUGUGGGAAAUGGCAGAAUACUACACGGGUUGAAGCUGGGUUCUGUCCUGAAUAAUUUCGAUAUUGUUAUAAGGUUAAAUAGUGCACCUGUUCAGGGAUAUACAGAUGAUGUCGGUAACAAAACAACAAUAAGAAUGACGUAUCCUGAAGGAGCCCCCUUUUCUCAAGAUGAAUAUUAUCCAAAUGGCUUGUUUGUGGCAGUUUUAUUUAAAACUGCUGAUUUUCAUUGGAUAGAAGCAAUGGUGAAAAAUGAAACACUACCCCUCUGGAUGCAGCUCUUUUUUUGGAAGCAAGUGGCUGCGAAAAUACCUGUCACGGCUAAGCAGUUUCGGAUUUUGAACCCAAUUAUCGUUAAGGAGACGGCUGUAGAUAUUCUCCAAUACCCUGAACCUCAACCAAAAUUCUGGGGCUGGAGUAAGGACUUACCCACAAUUGGAGUGACAGCAGUUGUUCUGGCUACGCAUCUAUGUGACGAAGUGAGUUUAGCUGGAUUUGGAUAUGACCUGAGUCAACCUGACACACCGCUACAUUAUUAUGACAGUUUCUGCAUGGCAGCAAUGAAUGGGCAAACCAUGCACAACGUGACUACGGAAACAGUAAUUCUGCAAAAGCUGAUAAAAGAAGGUGCUGUGAGAGAUCUCAGUGGAGGAAUCUAUUGUGACUUCUGUGAAAAAACAGGCUACAACUAGAACCCCAAGUCAGAGACUGACUUUUGCAUGUUCCUGCCAGCUUCCCUCUGUUGAAAAAAGCCGUUUCAGUACCCCAUGCAGACCACCCUAAGGAACUUCUGUAUGUACAGUGGGGCAAAGAAGUAUUUAGUCAGCCACCAAUUGUGCAAGUUCUCCCACUUAAAAAGAUGA